AUGCAAAUUGGAGCAUGUGAGAAGACCUAUUAUAGGGCCGUGAGUGUGGUCAUGGAUAAGGAAGAGCAGAACUAUUGUCCAAAGGAGUUCAUCGACAUCCUCACUCCAGCUGGGCUUCCUCCACAUGAAUCUAUAAUCUCCCCUCACUUUAAAGCGUGGCCUGAAAACAAGUCGAGGAAUCUGUACAUCAAUAUGAGCGGAAUUCCAUGUCUCUUGUUUGCACUGAUCCUAUUAACCGAGCACGGGUCUGGAAACGCACUCGAAAGCACUCCCAUCCAUGGAGGGGAUAUUAGAGGCAACUUGGAAGAAAUGGUGUUAGUUCUGUGGAAUGAGAGGGAAAGCCUCAGGGACGACUACAAAAAAUUGAAGAAUGACUUUGAAAACAUGAAAAAGGAGCACGAAGACCUCAAGUCUAGCUUCCUGGAACAUCUCUGGGAAAGAGACCAAUUUCAACUUCAACUCAACACAACAGAAGGAAGACUCCAAUAUCUGGAAGCUAUUAGUCUGCAAAUAACUCCCCGAACGUGUCAGACGCUGGCAGACUUGGGGGUGACACGGACAGGAGAAUACUUCGUAGAUCCUGACGGAGUCAGGAUCGGCGAUGCACCCAUCAAAGUGCUCUGUGAUAUGGAGACAGAUCCAGUGUCCACGAUUGUCCUCCAUGAUUCGAUGGAAAACACUGCGAUCGAUCGAUGUCCUCAUCCUGGAUGCUACAAUCGCAGCUUAAGAUAUGAUUCGUCGAUGAAACAGAUGGUGGCAUUGAUCCAGCAAUCGCAGUCGUGCGAACAGCAUAUCACAUAUGACUGUUUUUCCUCGGCCCUCACAACUGGAGUCAUACACUAUGCAUGGUGGGUGGACCGUCACGGCGAACCACAAUACUACUGGGACGGGUCAAAAGCAGGACAGCACAAAUGCAACUGCGGUCUCUCUGGCAACUGCACAGAUACAAACUUCCCUUGCAACUGUGAUGCAAACACCCCCCAUUGGGAAUCAGACAAAGGAGCAAUAACGAAUGCAACAGCAUUACCCAUAACCGAGUUGCGCUUCGGUGGACUACAAUUGGAGGGGCAGAAAGCGAAUUACACAUUGGGUGGAUUGACUUGCAAAGGCAAGAUUCCGUCCCCGGAAAAUCCAGCACAAUCCUGUUCAACUCUUCGCCAAGCUGGAAACGGUCAUCCUGGUUAUUACAUGAUCGACUCCAAGAAAAUUCGCUUGGAUAUUGUUAUGUGCCGGAUGGAUUUGGAGGAGACAGACCAGAAGUUUCAGGUGGAGACUAGUGUACAUAUUGCAGAAGAAAGUACCGCUUCUCUCUUAGAUGUCCAAUCAACUACCUUUCAUCUGCUGAAACAAGAUGCGAUACUGUGGCCUCUUGCUGGAACUGGGAAGGAUGUAGUAAAGGCGAUGAACGCGGUGGAUUGCGGCUCCAUUUGCCAUUCCCUUCGAAUAUUUUGCGAUGCCUUCAACUGGUAUCCUAGAAAUUUCACCUGUGAGAUCGUGAACACUCAAAGCGCUACGUUACAAGAUGCCCCUGGUGCGAUGGUCUAUGUCAGUGCAUCCAAUGUUUGCCAGACGCCUCCUCCUUCGAUGGUGAAUCGAACGAUGAAUUUCUCGCACGGAUGGAACGGCAGACUCCCGGCGCACUUGCUCUCCGAAGUCUCGUAUGAUUGCCUGCGGCAUACCCGUUGUCCACCUCCUCUCCCCCUCAAGGCCAAAUGCUUCGGCUCCGACACCUGGGAAAUCCUGAAUCUGAACGUCACGCCGCCUUGCCCGGGAAGCGUUCCUCUGGCAAAAGGUUACAAGUUGUUUCAAGAAGACGGUCGGUUUUAUAAGAGAUACUCGGAGCGACUGAACUGGACCGAGGCGAGUCAGGUCUGCUGCCUGGAUGGAGCCCGACUCGCUUCCGACACGAGCCCCACAGUCUACAAUGCAAUCAGAAGUGUUGCCACCAACACCGAUACGUGGAUCUGGCAAGGCGCCACCGACGAACUCGUGGAGGGCACGUGGAUAUACGAAGAACCAAUCGCACUUGAAUGGAGGCCGAGGAGGAAGAAACCAGAUGGCGCUGACUUCCAAAUCGCCCUUCAUGCUGCACUCGCCUGUCGCAACAUCAACUGGCUGGCCUUUCUCGUUGCCAACCCUGGCAAGGAGAAAGGCCAGUCGGGAGGAGAGCAGAGCAGAAGCCAGGUAAUUGAUUUCCCGGUUCUGGGAAUUCCUGGCCUUGAGUUUCGCUAUGUCCCGGGCUGA